CACCGGGCCGCGUUGGAGGAAUCACGCCGUUGUGUCGGGCCGGCCGCACGAGCGUUGGAACACCUUACAGACAGUGAGUGACGCCGGGCACAGGGAAGAAGCACCCGCUCACCACACAACACCCGGAAGAGGCCGCCACCACCACCCCGCGCCAGCAUUCCAAGAACUCGUCGCUAGCCGCCCAAACUGAUAAGCUCUGCCAAAAUCGUUCAUCACCGCCAGCAGCAUCGCUAUCUACCGCCAAAACCGUGAACGACAGCCAAAAUUAUUUGACAAACAAAACAACCAUCAAAAAAGAAUCGCGGAUGGGGAAUCUCUGAGAGGGAGUGACAACUGCUUGCCGCGGAGUUUCCCAAGCUGUGACAACGACCCGUGUAUAUAUAUAAAGCCGCCCCGGCUGAACGGAUCGGUCACAAGAACGGAUAAUCUUUGCAGUCGGUAAGAAGUGUAAGUGAUUGCACAUGUGCGUGCGAGUUGAGAACUUACUCAGGAAAGGGGGAAAGUGACGAUAGUUCUUCUCAGUGGUUAUACAAUAAGCAAUCGCCACUUUCAUCCAAGCAAGCCGUCAGCUCUUGCCAACGCAAUAUCCUGCAUUGUGCGUCAAUUUUCUCAAGUUGAUACAGAGGCAGGCUCGCUCUUAAACUACACAGUUACACACUAAGAAGGACGGAGAGGGGUGUUGUCAAACACUUGACACACAAUUGAGAAGACGCUGUGAAGGGGAUAGCGAAGGUUAAUUCGUCGUCCUCUCUAAACCUAUAAUAUAGACGGGUAUAAACACACGGAAAAAGUACGGACGAACAGACCUCAGUGGAGACUUUUCAUUCUCGGAGUACUCAGUUAUACAUAUUUUUACGGCGUUGUAUUUACCAACACCUUGACGACUAAAAAGUCAGCGUGAAGAAGAGUGAAUACCAUGGAGGAAACAGACGGAAGAAGAGGCACAAUUUAUACCAGGAAAACCAGAAUAAUUAAUACUGUUGUGGCAGUCCCAAAAUCGCCGUAAAAUUGCUCUCACAUAUACAUUUGUAUUGGAAAUGUUGAAAAAUCUGUACAGAAAAAAUAAGACAAGCGAAGACAAAAAACUAUAAGAAUAAUAUAAAACAAACUCAGAAACAACAGCAAAAGGUGUAACAAAAGAACACUUUAAGACAAAGACUAUAUCCACCGAACAAACCAAUUACACAUCAAAAGACUAUCCAAAAUAAAUAUUCGCCUUAAAACUGAACAAAAAUAGAAACACCAAUGGACAAAAACAAAAGCUAAACAGACCACCCAGAGCAUACCCCGAUUCCCCUGGAUUUUCAAAUUAUACGCGUGUUCGCCGGCUCCCCGACAGUGACUGACGUAACAAGCCGUUAUUACCAGUGACCCCGAGCAGGAGGCGGAAUGCCACAUAGUGGAGUCGUGCGCACCCUCCAACACGUCAGGAGUAGGACGAACAUCUCCACUAUCUACUUUCUCCCUUGCCAGGACGAGUCCACUGUGUCACAGCGCCUGGAUUGAGGACUGGCCAGCUCUUGGAUACGGUCAGCCCGGAAAUUGUGCCGGAACCUGCCCGUCAUUUUGACAACAGAGCGUGAGCCUGAUCAGUGAGCUAACCACAAAACCCUACUCCCACGUUCAACGUCGCGGCCAACGCCACACGACGAGUGGUCGCAACAAACAGGCGUCGGUGGCACCAUGAUGACCAGAGACGAUACGAAGCGAAGACCGUCCUUCCACCACGGAGAUAUAUAAACAGACGGACACACAGCAGCGUAUCAGAGGCACGCAAAACAGACAAGAGCGACCUCGGGCUUCACAUGCCCUAUCGUGAAUUGCUACAAAGGUGUAUACAUAUAAUCAUACACACCAAAAAAAAACUUAUUCAUCAUGAGAACUCUUUAAAAAGUAUAUCAACAACGCUCUCAAACGCAACAAAAGCGACCAAAAAAAAAAACCCCGAAAGACUCUACUCAAUAAUCGUUUCCUUGAACUUUUGUCAUGAUGUCACAUUUCGACCUCUUCCACCCGGAAGGCGGCUCGAGCUUCCGAAACUCCUCGCGCUACGGAAUGAUGAACGUCAACGCAACCGCGGCGCUCGGCGCCAGUCCCGACGGCAGCGGCGGGAUGAUUUCCAACGCCGGCGGCAGCGGCGGAACUAACGUCGGCGUCGGCGAUAAUGGGGAUUCUUCUUCCCCAUGCCACGACAUCCACUGCUACCCGGACGCCGUGUUCCUGACAGCUACGGCGGUUACCGUCGUCUUGGCAAUUUGCGGAGCCGUGGGGAACAUUUUAACUGUCCUGGCCAUUAUCAGUAGCCGGCUGCGAAACAAUAUAAACAGCAUCCUUAUCUGUAACCUCAGCUUCGCCGACGCCGUCUACUGUGCUGUUGUGCUGCCCCUACAGGCGAAGGCGUUCUACGACAAGGCCUGGACAAUGGACCACAUUCUAUGCGAGUUACACGCCGCCCUCCGUAUCUGGCUCAUCGGCGUCAACAUCUUACUGCUCAGCUUCAUCGCGCUCUACCGCUUCCUGCACGUCGUGAGGCCGCAGCAGCACACGCGCUUCUCCCAGGGCGCCUGGUUCAUCGGCGCUGUGAUCAUCUGCUGGGCGCUACCAAUGUUCUUCUCCUUCACCCCGCUCGUCGGCUGGUGGGGGACAUUCGCCUUCCAGUCCCGAAUUCUCCAGUGUACCUUCAGCGGAGACAGCAGCAGGUCGCACAAGAUCACCACAGUGACGCUAGGCUACGUGGUGCCCUGCCUCUUUCUCUGCGUGUGUUACGCUCGGAUAGGCUGCGUGGUAUUCCGCUCUCGGAAACGCGCUACCCGCGGCGGUAGCGUCUACCGGAAACAGCGGGCGCGGCGGGACUCCUUCCGGCUCACGGGCAUGAUGGUGCUCAUCUUUCUGGGGUUCCUCGUGGGCACGACGCCUUUCUUCCUCAUCAACACGCUGGAUUCGAAGCUGCGCUACCCCAUGCCCCACAUCUGGUCGCCAGUGCUAGCCUGGGUCAUGUACGGACUCAACCCGAUCAUCUACACAGUCAUGGACGCUCAGUUCCAGCAGGCGUACCGCAGGCUUCUGCUCUGCACGUUUUACAAGCCUGAGCCCGUCGUGGAGACGAGCUUCCAAGAGAGGCAGAGCUCUCUCCUCGCCGCAAAAACAGAGAACAUCAAUGCUACGUAAAAGAACUACUUUAUAUCUCACGUUAAUGACAAUAUUUCCCCAUUCCUCUCUUUGCUGGUGCAAAAUGCAAAGAAAGGAGGAAUAAGACUUUGUUGACUCAAAAUACCCAUAUCACCUCUUCCGUGCUUUCCUAUAUUUAAAGACAGAGAAGAUCAAGGAUUGAACUGACUAGUCUUGAUAUGUUACAAAGCCAGCAGCUCAGAUAUAUGAACAAACAGAUACAAACAGCAAAGGAACAGUAACUCAAGAACUAAUUAAGUCUCCUCUUUACAAAUAAUACUAUCAAGUUACGGAAAAUACAACUACAGAAAACAAAAAUUGUUCAAUUGCACGACAUAACUUCAUCGCCCUGCUUGGAUAAAGUCCCCAGUUUUCUUCGAUAUUUAAAAGACAUAGGGAGCAAACUUAUCGAGUGACCCAUCUGAAACGUGUGCUCUUUUUAUUUCUUCACUUUCAGAAACUUUCUAAUAUUGAAGAAAUCCCAUGCCGUAACACAGAACGCCAAUUCUGCGUCGCUUUUGCUCGUUUUGUUGUGCGGGCAACAUAGGCAACGAAAACAACUCAAUCACAAUCAGCUUAUAAUGAACAUAGCAAACGAAGCGACAAUCAGCUCACCUCGUUAUCACCUCAAAAUUUGCUUUCUGUGGCUCGUUUUAAAGCCACCAGUUUCCUUGAUACUAUCAGCAGAUUACAGGAUUAUACAACGACUGCUGGCGCAACCACAACGCAUAUGGUGAAUUACAUUCUACAUGAACCUACAUGAAACUUGCCAAAAUUACAACAUUCAAUAAAUAACUCCCUCAUUACUUUGCCAAAACUGCGUGAAGGAAUACCAGUCAGAUCUGCAUGAUGGACACCAAUCGAUCAGACGGCUAAGAUCUUGAUGUCUCGGUGAACGGAAGAAUGGGCUAAGGAAAAUCGGAGCGGCCACAGCACAUCCAUUAUUUAAGGUUAUAUAUAACAAAGAAAACCCCUACAAGAUGACAGAAGAAAACAAACCCAUCGACGAAAGCGCCAAACCGCGAAGCAUCGCUACAACAACACACCCAGAAAUAAAAAAUACGAAAAA